GUGGAAAGAGAUGAACGAGGAACGAUAUCUCCUUGGCCAGUCUCAAGGAAGUUUCAAGGACGUGUAUCAGAGGAAGCUGAUAACGAACUGUAAAGUCAUUUUAUGUGUACUUGCUUGUACUGGUCUUAUUGUUUUUCAAGAGUCUUUUUAUUCCAUUUCGAGUCGAAGAAAGAGUUCUGGAAACAGUCCUUCAUUGACUCUUUACUCUCCGUGCUUUAGAAAUGGCACUCAUAUACCUGCAAAGUUUGGUUGUUCCAAUUGUGGACAGGUUGCAAAUUCCGUGCCUUUAACUUGGAGGUUGGAUGGAGUGAGUGGAAGCGCUGAUAUGACCUCUUUAUUAUUGAUGCACGAUCCUGAUGCUGUUAGUGUUACUGGUUUGGACUUUAUUCAUUGGUUCGUUAUUAAUAUGACUUUGACAGAUAAUGCAGUGAUUAUACCAGAAAAUGCCAGUGGUAACGUAAAGUUCAUGCCGGAAGGUUCUGUUGAACUGAGAAACAGUAACAACAAGACAGGUUAUCACCCACCUUGUCCUCCUGAUAAGGAUCACACGUAUAUUUUUCAAGUCUGUCUUAUCAACAGGAUGUCAAAGAGACUUGACUGGAUCACUUUCUAUGAUGCACGAGAUAUAGUUCAUAGGCUUGAAGGAUGUUUGUGUGGAACUCUCAAGGGAGUUUAUCCUCGAGUGACGACUGAGAAACGUAAAGAUAUCUCUGAUUGAAACUAAAAUAUUUUCCAAUACAAA